CGGUGCGCUCUGAGUCACCGAAAUCAAGGUGUGGCCGGAGCGCCGCUCCCCCGCCGCCAGCCCGGGGGGCCGCGUCUUCGCGGGAGCCGCCUCUUCCUUUAGUCGCGGUGUCGCCGCUCGCAGGACCACUCUCCCCGCCGCCGCCGCUCCCGCCCCGCGUUCCUCCGCUCCGCGCCCGCCCGCCGCCACCGACGACAUGCUGCGCUGCGGCCUGGCCUGCGAGCGCUGCAGGUGGAUCCUGCCCCUGCUGCUGCUCAGCGCCAUCGCCUUCGACAUCAUCGCGCUGUCCGGCCGCGGCUGGCUGCAGUCUAGCAACCACCUCCAGACGUCGUCGCUUUGGUGGAGGUGUUUCGAUGAGGGCGGCGGCAGCGGCUCCUACGACGAUGGCUGCCAGAGCCUCAUGGAGUAUGCGUGGGGACGAGCAGCGGCUGCCACGCUCUUCUGUGGCUUCAUCAUCCUGGUCAUCUGCUUCAUCCUCUCUUUCUUCGCCCUGUGUGGACCCCAGAUGCUUGUUUUCCUGAGAGUUAUCGGAGGCCUCCUCGCACUGGCUGCUGUAUUCCAGAUCAUCUCUCUGGUAAUCUAUCCCGUGAAGUACACCCAAACCUUCAGGCUUCAUGAUAACCCUGCUGUUAACUACAUCUAUAACUGGGCCUAUGGCUUCGGUUGGGCAGCCACCAUCAUCUUGAUUGGCUGUUCCUUCUUCUUCUGCUGCCUCCCUAACUACGAGGAUGACCUUCUGGGUACUGCCAAGCCCAGGUACUUCUACCCUCCUGCCUAAGGCGGGACGAAGACCCUGAGACCAGCCUGCUGCAAGAUGGAUCUGAGGAGGAAACUGUUUUCCAAGGAACCUAUGUUUGGGCGAUUUUCAUAUGAUCAGAAAAGCUAGAAUAAAUGCUAAAGAAAAUUCUUCAUAAGUAGUGUUAAGUUUCAUGUCCUGUGUAUGUCUCUUGUGGAGUUAAAAAGACUUGUUUCUGUUUGCUAAGUGUAUGCUAAUUUUUCCUUACAUCAAUUCUAUAUCGUUUAAGCUUCAUUUGUUAAAGAAUGUGCCUGUCAAACUCGAUAAGGUAGAAAUGCAAUGGCUUCUCAUUUAAUAAUCUGAUGGCACUUUUUUUUU